AGAAUUGCAGUGAGCACACACUUCCUGAUGGAGCUGCUCCUGCGAAGAAUAAAAAUACCCACCUAGCCAGCGAGCUGGACGAGCUGUCAAAAAGUUAUGUCUGUCUGUCAGCCGGACAGAGAGUGGCUCUUUCGGAUAAUGGACGAUGCUUUCCAGGCUUCUGUCAAUGAAGAGUAGAAAACAGCCCCAUGUCUAGAGAGCCGGCGCUGGUGACCAGUCAACUGCGAAGGGUUGGAUUGAUGAAGCUAAUAAGUCUCUGCUAGCGAACGUUAGCAACAAGGCCAGCCGGCUAACUAAAGUUACUAGCUGACCUUAGCUGGUAAUGUCUCUAACGUUACCAUCCGCCGACAUGCUCGAAACGCCUCCCGGAUACCCCUUUGAAGAAAUCGAUUAUGUGGACAUUGAAGUGGAGGAGGUGGUGGGGAGAGGAGCUUUUGGGGUUGUCUGCAAAGCUAAAUGGAAAGGCAAAGAUGUUGCAAUCAAGACCAUUGAGAGUGAAUCAGAGAGGAAAGCCUUUAUUGUUGAGCUUCGGCAGCUUUCUCGAGUGAAUCACCCCAACAUUGUGAAGUUGUAUGGCUCUUGCAAUAAUCCAGUCUGUCUGGUUAUGGAAUAUGCUGAAGGCGGGUCAUUGUACAAUGUGCUGCAUGGUGCUGAACCCCUCCCCUAUUACACUGCCUCCCAUGCCAUGAGCUGGUGUUUACAGUGUUCCCAGGGCGUGGCCUAUCUCCAUGGCAUGAAACCAAAGGCUCUCAUUCACAGGGACCUCAAGCCACCCAAUCUGCUUCUAGUGGCAGGCGGCACUGUGCUGAAGAUAUGUGACUUUGGAACAGCAUGCGACAUUCAGACCCACAUGACCAACAACAAAGGAAGUGCAGCAUGGAUGGCUCCAGAGGUAUUUGAAGGCAGCAAUUACAGUGAGAAGUGUGAUGUGUUCAGCUGGGGGAUCAUUCUCUGGGAGGUGAUCACUCGCAGGAAGCCCUUUGAUGAAAUCGGAGGACCAGCUUUUCGCAUUAUGUGGGCUGUGCACAACGGCACAAGACCACCUCUAAUCAAAAACCUGCCCAAGCCCAUUGAGAGCCUGAUGACACGCUGCUGGUCUAAGGAUCCCUCCCAGCGGCCCUCCAUGGAGGAAAUAGUGAAGAUCAUGACUCAUCUGAUGAGGUACUUCCCAGGAUCUGAUGAACCUCUGCAAUACCCAUAUCAGUAUUCAGAUGAUGGACAGAGUAAUUCUGCUACUAGUACAGGUUCAUAUGUGGACUACACUUGCACCAGCACAAGCAACAAAAGUGAUGCAAACAUGGAGCACAGUGACUCUCAAGGGAGCAAUGACACUAUCAAGAUAACGCCUCAGUUUGCACCUCACUUCAAGCCAAAGGGAGACCCAUUGAGGACUCUGCCUCUCUCCAGAGGGGGCAGCGUUGAGAGCCUGCCUGCACGAACACAGUGCCUGGCGUCCUCUGACAGCAAGAGAAUGAGCGCUGAUCUGUCAGAGUUGGAGCCCAAGAUGCCGUUUGCGCCUGCAGCACGCCCCCAGUAUAAACGAGGCCACCGUAAAACGGCAUCAUUCGGCACCAUUCUGGAUGUCCCCAAGAUCGUCGUCACAGCCACCUGUGAGCCUCAGAGACGCCGGUCUGUGCAGGACCUGCCAGGGAUCGGCACUGAGUCCAGCCAGGGGAGCAGGAACAGCAGCAGGUCCUCCAGUCCCAGUGUGAGGAUGAUGCCACCAGAUAAAAGCAACAGAGGAGGGUACUUCUCCCCUGAUGACCCAACAGACACCAACGGCUCAGACAACUCCAUUCCCAUGGCGUAUCUCACCCUGGAUCACCAGCUGCAGCCCCUCGCUCCUUGUCCCAACUCCAAAGAGUCCAUGGCUGUGUUUGAGCAGCACUGCAAAAUGGCCCAGGAGUACCUGAAAGUGCAAACAGAGAUCGCCUUGCUGAUCCAGAGAAAGAAGGAGCUCAUCGCUGAACUGGACCAAGAUGAAAAGGACCAGCAGAACACGUCCCGUCUGGUGCAGGAGCAUAAAAAGCUACUGGAGGAGAACAAGAGUCUGUCCACUUACUACCAGAAGUGCAAAAAACAGCUGGAACUGAUCCGGGUCCAGCAACAGAAGAGACAGGGCACCUCGUGAUCCGACAAACACCCGCUCAACCUCCUCAUCACCCUGUGGUGUCCAGCGUUCAGAGACAUACAAACUGGUCCUUUGUCCUCUCUCCCCUCCCUCCCACCCCCUUCCCUGCUGCCCCAGGUUAACUGUAGUAACGUUGAAAACCCUCCUCAGACCUGCACUCGACAUGACACUACCCACUCUCAUGCUCUGCCACCGCCUGCCGUACAGUAGAUGGCACAGACGUGUCGUUCCCAGUGCGCUGCAUUGUAAAGAGACCUGUGUUAUACUGUGUUUCCUGCAUGCUGCGUCAUAGACCCAUUCUGUUUAUCAGCAGGAAAAAGGACGGCGGGAGAUGUGCGCUCAAUCAGGCAACAAUAGCAAAUCCCCUCCUCCUCCUCCUCGUCUUCUGUACAUACAUUUGCACAUCUUCACAGUAUAUUCUGUGAUAGCAGACCAAACAAUCACUGCAUCCCAUCCCUUUUAGCCCCAGACCAUGCUUCUGGGUAAAGGGAUGGGCUUUUUUUGUUUUGUUUUGUUUGUUGUUUGUCUUUUCCUUCCUGGUGGCGGACUCCUUGGGUCAGGACUUCUCUGAGCUGCGAGGAACUGCUAUGGCUGUGUGUCCACUGAGUCCGAUGGCAGGCCGAUGAGGGUGGGUUGUGUGUUUUUACGUUUUGCUCUCAGGGCCUCUGGGCUGCCUGGUCAGUGUGUGUCCACUCCUCACUGUCCCUUCAGUGGAUAGAUUGGACCUUUUACUUGUCCCUCUCAGUGGCCGAGGGUCACGAUGUCCUCGAGAAUGUGAAAACCAAGACGGCUUUUUCGGCAAAAGUGUGAAUUAUAUGCAGAAAUUUGGUGUUUUUAAGAGUUGCGCGGGAGUUUAGUUCAAAUCCGUUCUACAUUACAUGCGUUUUAUCCAUUUUAUGCAAAGUAUCUCCUUAAAUUGAUGUAUGUAGUUAUCUCUAACCUCUCCCUUUUCUAAUCAUGAGCAUGAGCCCUUACAGAGACCACCGUACCUGUUGACCUGUCUCAAGGCAUUGUUAAUAUAUUCAUUCAGCGAGGGAUGUAUGUCAGACAGGCCUUGAGCAUCCAUCACAGUGAAAAAGGAAUGGAUUGGGGUUUGUGUGCUGCAGGUUCCUCCAUAGUUAGUAACCUUGGUUAAGCUUCAGAAACAGGGAUGCAGUGUUAAUGAUUUGCUCUUAAUGUUCUAAAAAAAAAAAAUGAGAGAGAGAACUAGCUUCCUUUUCUUUGCGACUAGAGCAAAGAAAGGAAAUAGUUGAUUUACUGAAAGUUAAAACACUUUUAUUAUGACUUCAGUAUUGUUUUUGUGUGUUGAUGUUUUUGUCUUUUCUAUUCAGUAGUUCACUUUGUAUGAUAGCUAUGGUGUCAUUUUUGCAUUAGAAAAUAUUCUUUUAUCUGGUAUGGGAAUGCCCUUGUGCAGAAGACAAAGGAGCCUGUACCUCCCUAUACAGUAUAUUGUUUGUUUUUAGUUCACAUGUUGCCUUAGAAUAUGCCUGCAUUUUAAGUGCUUGACGUUUUCUGCUAUAUUUAGGGAGGAUAAAAGUUCAAAGAGGUUUGCCUUUUUUAGCAUAAGUAAAUGGAUUAGUAUUUCCAGAGGGGACAUCACUGAUCCCAUGUGUGUGUCCCGACGAGAAGGAUGUAUGGUCAAAUGAAUUAUGUCAAUGAGCUGCAGAGGUGACUGUGUAAAUCUCAGCAGCUUUACAUCCAAAAAAUUGAGAUGUACUCAAAAGAAGGCUUGGAUGUGAUCUCUCUUCCCCUGUUUCUUAUUUCCCUGAUAUUUUGCACAAUCAUUUCGGUUUUGGUUUUCAAGUCAUGUACAAACACUUAGCAUUUCAAUUCUCCUUUAAGCAAUUCUCUUUUAAAAGUGCAAGACUUGACGAGUCUUACUUUUAGAAACAUGUUACUGUGCAGGAGUGAAUUUUGCCUGUUUCCCCUCAUGAAUUUUAUGUUCACACAGAAUUCAUUUACCAUAUAUUGUUUUCAAGUGUUUCCUAACUUAUUGGGAAAUUAGGUAUAUGACAGUGAGCAAGGCAUUGCAAAAUAAACUGAAUGGUGAAAAGAU